CGACUUCAUGCCGCCUUCGAUCCCGACAACAAUCGAGGUUGGUUCCAAAUGGAUACGUACAUAAGAUGGAAGGAAAACAAUAGGCUACCCGACACCCCACCAUUAGUCCUCGAGUUAGAUGGCAGCCCGACACUCUGGACAGAGGAUAAAAUACCAACCUACUCAUUCACGAUUACUUUACGCAGGGUCUUAGACGAUCAACAGUUCUGGCUUGGCUGGAAAUCUUUGAUAGAUCCCAGUAAGGAAGAAUAUAUUCUAAUAUCUCACGAUCCAGAGAGCGGCAAUAUCAAGAGGAUCGGAAUUGAAGAUCACUCGAGAUAUUUACCAUCUUUACCAACAAUUCAUCAGUUCCCUGAUGAACCAGCAUCAUGUUAUGUUGAAGAGGCUAAGAGAAAUUAGGACCGUAG